AUGUCCUAUAGGCAAAACAAAAAUAAUAUUUUUAAUAUUAAAAGAAAAGAGCAGGAACGUCGUCGACAAAGAAGACGACAACAACUGCUCAAUGAUCAUCGAGCCAUAGAGGAUGGCAUUACUGUCGAUGAUCAUCGUCGUCGACCUCAAAGACGACGAGUUACUAUGCGUAAGAAGGAUUAUGAAAAGAUGGAAAAAACAACAACCGUCUUUUCUAAUCCAUCUGACUUAGAUGGCUAUGCUGAGUUAGAAAAAACAGUAACUAACUCGCAUAGCAAUGCUUUCUUCGAGAACCAUAGAGAGGUAGAAAAAAAAGCAACUAUAUCUCAUGGUUCUGCCGGCUUUGAAACGAUUGGGGAUCGUGUUAGAAAUCGUAGAGAAGCCGUGACAAAAUCAAGAGAGCCAGAAUGGCAAGCUAGCCUUGGAGAAAUCCAAGCACCCCCUUACGAGGCUAUAGACUCUCUUGCGAAAGAGAAGGCUAGCGGGACUAUUGGAGAGUACGGGGCUGGAGCUAUCAGUGCUAGACUUAGUGGUGAUAGAUCGGUCAGCGGAGCUAGCCCCACUACGCCUUCUUUUUCACCAGAUCCCCUUAAUGACCCCUCUCAGGACGCCCCUAUGAAUCCCCCUGAAGAAACCCCCUUUGUCCCCACUAAUGUCCCACCUAAUGAUGCCCAAAUGAUGGAGGAUGCCUUAACUGAUGGUGAGGUUGCUGCUCUACUAGAGGAAAUAAACCAUGAAGAGGAAAAUGCUACCUUAGAUUUCCUCACUCUAGAUAGAGUACCACCUACAGAAAAUGAAAUACAUCUCCUCCAACUGGCAAGAGCAAAUAAUACAGAUGACGAGAUAGAAUUUAGUGUCAUCAAAAAAAGAGAUUUUGGGCUAGAAAAUACUGCGCAAGCAUGGCGUGGUAUGUUAGGGGAAACCUAUAGAAUAAGUCGAUUAAUUAAGGAACAUGACUUAAUUCCCCUAGUAGAAUUGGUAUUUGGUGGAAGGCGGCGACGAUUUAUUGUUAACUUAGAAAAUAUCGAACCGCAAGUAUUUAUUAAUAAAUGUGUGGGAUUUGAAGUUGGCAUAGAAGAAUUUUGGAGGAGAUAUGAUGAUGAAGAAAGUGAGUUAAAUAUUCCACCAGGAAAAAUUGUAAAUGAAAUCAUCAUUACAAUAGUGAAACCUCCUCAACGCCAACGAAUCGAUGGAGCAGUGUUUAAUUACUAUCUUGAUGAACACUGGCAACCGUUAGAAUAUAUCCUCAAAAAAUAUCAAAUAUAUGUUCUAGAUGAGGUUGCAACAAUAGAAAAUUGUUUUGUUAAUGCACUCCAUCAGUCCGGUGUACUUACAUCAUCAGAAAUGACCCAUUUAAGAUCAAUAAUAAAGGGCAUUUCAGUCACCAAGAAAACACUGAGACAAGUAGCAGAAGAGUUUAAGUUGAAUAUUACUCUUAGAUAUUAUAAAGGGGACAAAAUUGAAAGCUCUCAAAUCACAUAUGGGAACCGAAGUGUUAAAUUAUUCUUACUACGGUGGAAAAAAAACAACCACUACAUUAUUGAUGAUACGGUUCCAGUGACAUCAUAUUUCAUUACACAUUAUGAUGAAAUAGUAGAAUAUGCAAAAGAAAACAACGAAGACAUAACUAAAUAUUUUAACGUUGUUAAGAAAGAAAGAGGGCAAUAUAAGCAUUCUCUCAGUCGAUUUAUUCCAGCUUAUAAGUGUAUUAAACUAUUACAAGAGAGUAAUGCAUUUAAAGAAACAAGAAGAGAUUGUCUAAUAAAGACAAAAUAUUAUGAUUCAUUUUUAUUUGACUCGAUCAAUGAUGAAUUAACAAAAAUAGAGUCAAGAAUAAUGGGGGAAAUAAAGAAAAAAGAAGUUACAAAUACGUUAUUAUUUGCAGACUUUGAAUGUUUUACAAGUGGUGAAUUCCACCAACCUUUCUGCAUUAUAGUAAUGAAAGAGAAUGGGGCAUGGAAAAGUUUCUAUGGAUUACAUUGUGCUUACGAUUUCAUUGAAUAUAUAAGCACCAUAGAUUCACCGAUAUGUUACUUCCAUAACUUAGGAUAUGAUGGAAGAUUCCUUGCUAGAUUUGGAAUUAUUAAUAUUAUUAUGAGAGGGAAAAUGAUUUAUAAAAUGGUAGUAGAAUAUAAAGGGAAGAAAAUUAUCUUUAAAGAUACCCUUUCAUUGAUUCCAACCUCCAUAGCUAAUUUUAAGCAAUUCUUUAAACUUGAUGGAGAAUAUGAAAAAGAAAUACUACCAUAUAAUUAUUAUUCAGAAGAGACAAUGGAAAUUGGAAUCAUCAAUGAAUGUGGAAAUAAUGAACAACCAGUCUGGAGUGAAGACACUAGAAAGAAAUUUAAGGACCUUCUAGUAAAAUGUAAUUGUCUUAUUGAUGACACUCACUUUAAUUCUAAAAAAUAUUGUGAGUAUUAUUGCCUUCGUGAUGUUCUUGUGCUUAGAGAAGGCUUUUUAAAAUAUCGUCAAAUGGUCCAAACACAUCUCCAGCUUGAUUGCGUCUGUUAUGCCUCACUCAGUUCAAUGGCAUAUGCAUUCUUUGUUAACAAUUGUUUUGCUAAAGACGCGUUAUUUGAAUAUACAGGGGUUGUUCGAGAAUAUAUUAAACAAGCGGUAUAUGGAGGAAGAAAUAUGACCAGUGAAAAUAAAAAAUAUUAUAUCACUGAUGAAAUUGUUGACUUUGAUGCGUGCAGCUUGUAUCCUUCUGCUAUUGCACGAUUAUAUCUUCCAUUAUCAUCACCAAAUAGAAUGGUUCAACCAAUUGAAUGGUAUCUUGAACAUUUAAUGGAUGAACAACAGUUUGAACCCACUGAAACGAAAUUUAUCUCAUAUUUUGUUGUUACAAUAGAGAUAACAAAGAUAAAUAAGAAGAGAAAAAUGCCCAUUAUUAUUAAGAAAGUGAAUGGGAUAAAUCAAUAUAUAAAUGAAGAAACCACCAUGACAGUAGAUUCGAUCUACUUGGAAGACUUAAUUAAAUAUCAAGAAAUAGAAUUUAAGGUGGUUCAGGGGAUAUAUUGGAAAGGCACUAAGGUUGGACUAUUUAAAGAGAAAAUAAAAGAGAUUUAUAGAGUUAGAAAAGAAAUGAAACAGUCCCAUGAUCCAGCAGAGAUUAUAUUUAAGCUGGUAAUGAAUUCUUCCUAUGGAAAAACCAUCCAAAAACCAAUUAAGGAAGAAAAGAAAUUUUUUAGAGGAAGAAAGAAAAUGACAUCGUUUUGGAGACGACACUUGGAAGAUGUCAUUGUUGGGGAACAACUACAUGAUGCAGACGUUUGGAUGGUUAAUGUGAAAAAACAAAUAGAUGAUUUUUAUAUCCCCAACAUUAUUGGUGUUCUUAUUCUCUCUAUGUCCAAGAGAAUAAUGAAUGAACUAAUUUAUUUAUGUGAAGAUUUGGACAUUGAUGUUUAUUAUCAGGACACUGAUAGUAUUCAUAUAAAGAAAAAGGAUCUACUAAGACUUGAGAAGGAGUUUAAAGAAAAGUAUGGUAGAGACUUAGUUGGUUCUGAACUAGGACAGUUCCACUCAGACUUCCCCCCUGUUAAAGGAAAACCAUCCUGGUCAAUUAAGUCUAUCUUCCUUGGGAAGAAGUCUUACCUUGAUGUUCUCACUAAUGAGGAUGGUGAUAUAGAUUAUUUAAUUAGAAUGAAAGGCAUCCCCAAGAAGGUAAUACUUGGUACUGCAAAAGAAAAAUUUGAAGGGGAUGUGGUAGCUUUGUAUGAACACCUUUACGCAGGCUACCCACUUAGUUUUGAUUUAUCAAAGUAUGGUCCCCACUUUGUUAUUGAAAGGGACUUUAGAGUAAGAACUCUUGAUGAGUUCAAAAGAACAAUUAAAUUUUAA